UAUAUAUACUCCAUUGUAUUACCUAUCUUCCACAUCAGGAUCAGAAAAAGAUAAACGAGAUGGAAAUACCUGUGAUAGACUUUAAUGAGCUCAACGGGGAAGCAAGGAGCAAAACGAUGGCUCUUCUGCACCAAGCUUGUGAGAAAUGGGGCUUCUUCCAAGUUGAGAACCACGGAAUUGAUAAGAAGUUGAUGGAUAAAGUGAAGCAAUUGAUAAAUGAAUACUAUGAGGAAAAUUUGAGAGAGAGCUUUUAUAAGUCAGAGAUAGCUAAAAGCUUAGAUCAAGAAGUUACCUCGGAAGUAGACUGGGAAAGCUCAUUUUUCAUUUGGCAUCGCCCCACAUCAAAUAUUGAAGGGAUUCCGAACUUCUCAGAGGAUCAUUGCAAAACAAUGAAUGAGUACAUCGCUCAGCUGAUUAAGAUGGCAGAGAAACUUUCUGAGCUCAUGUGUGAGAAUCUCGGUUUGGAGAAGGGUCAUAUAAAGGAUGCAUUCUCUGGUGGCAAGGGUCCUUCUGUGGGAACAAAAGUUGCAAAAUACCCUCAAUGUCCUCAGCCAGAGCUUGUGAGAGGACUUCGGGAGCACACUGAUGCUGGUGGGAUCAUACUCCUGCUCCAAGAUGACCAAGUUCCAGGCCUCGAAUUCUUGAAAGAUGGAGAAUGGUUUGCAAUUCCACCAUCCAAGAACAACACCAUGUUUGUGAACAUAGGUGACCAAGUGGAAGUGUUGAGUAAUGGAAGGUACAAAAGUGUUUUGCACCGUGUGCUGGCAGACAAGAAUGGAAGCCGACUAUCCAUUGCUACCUUCUACAAUCCUGCCGGUGAUGCCAUCAUCUCUCCCGCUCCCAAGCUCCUAUACCCCAAUCACCUCCGUUUUCAAGACUACCUGAAGCAUUAUGCCACCACAAAGUUCUCAGACAAGGGCCUCAGAUUCGAAACAAUGAAGCAAAUGGCCAAUAACCAUAAUGGGUUCCUUUCCUAAAAGUGCCAAUCACAUAAAUUUUCUGUUUCUCAGUCAUGAGUGUCUUGCUUCUCGCUUUCUUUUUCCGUUUCUGUGGUGUUGUUAUGUCAUCCACAUGAAAGAGCAAUCAAGAAAUUUAUAGCAAGAAAUAAAAGGAAAGAUUUGGCAACGAA